AUGUUCGCGAGAGCAGUGAGUAGAAAAACAAUGACAGGAUUGCUUGCCGGAUCCAGAGUUUUGUUGGCAUCUCAGUUCACAAUGGCCGAUCGUCAAGUGCACACUCCUCUGGAGCCAGUUCAACGUCAGAAAUAUGCCAACAACGAGAAUCUGUUGAAGGAUCAUGUUGAGAAGAUCGAUCCAGAAGUGUUCAAUAUCAUGAAGAAUGAGAAGAGCCGCCAACGCCGUGGUCUCGAGCUCAUCGCCUCUGAGAAUUUCACCAGCAAAGCUGUCAUGGAUGCUCUUGGCUCCGCAAUGUGCAACAAGUACAGUGAGGGAUAUCCGGGAGCUCGGUACUACGGAGGAAACGAGUUCAUCGAUCAAAUGGAGAUCCUUUGCCAGAAGAGAGCUCUCGAGGUGUUCGGAUUGGAUCCAGCCAAGUGGGGAGUCAAUGUACAGUCGCUUUCGGGAUCUCCAGCUAAUUUUGCUGUUUACACUGCUCUCGUUGGUGCCAAUGGAAGAAUUAUGGGUCUUGAUUUGCCGGAUGGUGGACAUUUGACCCAUGGCUUCUUCACCCCAGCUCGCAAAGUGUCUGCCACUUCUGAAUUCUUCCAAUCGAUGCCAUACAAAGUUGAUGCUCAAUCCGGCCUAAUUGACUACGAUAAACUCGAGGAAAACGCCAUGCUCUUCCGUCCAAAGGUGCUCAUCGCUGGAGUCUCCUGCUAUGCUCGCCACUUGGAUUACGAGCGUUUCCGCAAGAUCGCCACCAAGGCCGGAGCCUAUUUGAUGUCUGACAUGGCGCAUAUCUCUGGACUCGUCGCCGCUGGACUCAUCCCAUCGCCAUUCGAGUAUUCUGACGUUGUUACAACCACCACUCACAAGUCGCUUCGUGGACCACGUGGAGCUAUGAUCUUCUACAGAAAGGGAGUCAGAUCAGUGAAUGCUAAGGGUGUUGAGACCCUCUACGAUCUUGAGGAGAAGAUCAACUCAGCCGUGUUCCCAGGACUUCAAGGUGGACCACACAACCAUACUAUCGCUGGAAUCGCUGUCGCUUUGAAACAAUGUCUCUCGGAAGACUUUGUUCAAUAUGGAGAGCAGAUUCUGAAGAACGCGAAGACGUUGGCUGAGAGAUUAAAGAAGCACGGAUACUCAUUGGCCACUGGUGGAACUGACAACCAUUUGUUGCUUGUCGAUUUGCGUCCAAUUGGUGUCGAGGGAGCUCGUGCUGAGCACAUUCUCGAUUUGGCUCAUAUUGCAUGCAACAAGAAUACGUGUCCAGGAGAUGUGUCGGCGUUAAGACCAGGAGGUAUCCGAUUGGGAACUCCAGCUCUCACUUCUCGUGGAUUCAAGGAGCAAGACUUCGAGAAGGUUGGAGAUUUCAUUCAUGAAGGUGUUCAAAUUGCCAAGAAAUACAACGCUGAGGCUGGAAAAACACUGAAGGACUUCAAGGCAUUCACCGCCACCAAUGAGCAAUUCAAGCAAGAAGUCGCCGAGUUGGCCAAGCGGGUUGAGGAGUUCUCUGGCAAAUUUGAGAUUCCAGGAAACGACUUGUUCUAA